AUGGCAUCCAAGGCCUUCUACGCCAUCGUAGCGGGCGUGGGCCCGGGCACGGGGCGCGCCGCGGCGCUGCGGCUCGCCAAGGCGUACCCGGUGGUGCUGCUGGCGCGCAAGCCCGACAGCUACCGCGACCUGGUGGCGGAGAUCCAGCAGGGCGGCGGCAGCGCGGUCGGCAUCUCGGCCGACACGUCGGACGCGGGCUCGGUCAGGUCGGCGUUCGCGGCCAUCAAGAAGGAGCUGCCGGAGAGCAGGCUGGCGGCCGCGGUUUACAACGUCGGCACGGGGUUUGCCAUCAAGCCGUUCCUCGAGAACAGCGCCGAGGAGCUAGAGUCGAGCUUGUCUGCCAAUGCGGGUGGCCUUUUCAACUUCGCACAGAGCUCUAUUCCGCUGCUUCUCGAGUCAGUAGACGGUGCUCCUCACCCGCCGACCCUGAUCGUGACGGGGGCUACGGCCUCGCUCAAGGGUUCGGCCAGAUUUUCAACCUUUGCUGCGGGCAAGUUCGCCAAGCGUGCUAUUGCGCAAUCCCUAGCCAGGGAGUUUGGACCAAAGGGUGUCCACGUUGCUCAUGUCAUCAUCGACGGCAUGAUCGAUACACCCAGGACAAAAGAGUACAGGGCCAACGAUGGAGCUCCAGAUGGGGCCAUCGACCCCAAUGCCAUUGCCGACACAUUUUGGCAUCUUCACACCCAGCCCCGGUCCGCAUUUACCUUUGAGGCGGACCUGAGGCCUUAUGUUGAGAAGUUCUGA